CCGCCGUUUGCCGCAAGAAGGGGGGGGAAACGUGGCUGCGAGUGAAUGUGAGUGUGUGUGUGUGUGUGUGUGUGUGUGAGUGCGAGUGUUGGUGACACAGGACAAAAUGAGAUAAUGAGACCCCUCGGACGGGAGCGGCCGCCCGGCUGCCACCAGCCCUGAUCGCGGCCCCAUCGCUGCUGCCCGGCAUCCCCGCCAAGAUGCCACUGAGCUGCGCCUCCGCCUCACCCCGACACUGCCAUGGCCACGCUAGAGACGCUGCCCGUCCUCAGUGACCCGGCCUACCCCAGCGCGCAGAGCUUCCACGGCUUCGCCCCGCGCUACUCCCAGACCAUCCCCCGGAGCGCCAUGGGGAGCGUGGGCAGCGGCGUGGCCAACGACCAGGAGUUCGCCAUGAAGAGCGUGGGCACGCGCACGCAGAGCGGCGGCCGGCCCGCCGAGGGACCGCGCAACGGCUACUCCAGCCGGGACAUCCCCCACCGCUACUCGGGCGAGGAGAAGACCUACAAGUCGGAGAAAGUCUCCAACUCGCUCUACAUCAACGGCGAGGCGCGCAAGAGCGAGAAGGUGAAGGUGGACAUCUGCGGGAACGUGACCGCCAACAACGAGAAGAACCUGCCGCCGCCGCCGCCCCAGUACCGAGAGCCCGGUAACCCACCAAAGAUUUUGCCGAUUUCCGGCAAACUGGAUCAGAGCAAUGAGCCCUUAGUUAGACCCUCAGCCUUUAAACCAGUAGUUCCUAAAAACUUCCAUUCCAUGCAGAACCUCUGCCCACCACAGAGCAACGGGAUGGCAGAGAACAGAAAGAGCUUGAACCACGCCAACAGCAAUAGCCCGUCCGCCCCCAAGGGCGGGCUCGACAAGAGCAGCCUUAACAGGACUACAAACCAGGGCGGGGGGCUCUCGGAUUCGGGCCGUAACUCCCUGACCAGCCUGCCCACCUACGGCACGGGCUACAGCCAGCACGUGGGCCCCAUGAGCGCCUCCACCAGCCACAUCAACCGCAUCGGGACCACCUACGUGGAGAAGAACAUCGUGGGCUACAACGGGAUAUCUACCUCAGACAGCGGGCGGUCCUCGAGCAAGAGCACCUCGUCCUUCAGCAGGCUGAACCAUCUCAACGAAACCAUGCCCUUCCACUCGCCCUCGACCGACGACAUCAUCCAGGACCUGGAGGACAGGCUGUGGGAGAAGGAGCAGGAGGUGCUGCAGAUGAGGAGGAACCUGGACAAGAGCGAGGCGGCCAUCUUCCAGGUGUUCGAGGAGAAGCAGAAGAUCUGGGAGAGGGAAAUGGAGGACCUGAGGCAGAACUAUGCCAACAAGUUGCAGCAGGUCUCCAAAAAGGCGCAGCGGGCUCAGCAGGCUCUGCAGCUCCAAAUCUUCAAGCUCCAGCAGGAGAAAAAAAAACUCCAGGAUGACAUGGGACAACUCCUCCAGCAGCGAGAGGAGCUGGAGAAGAAAUUUGUGGCUUUCAAGAAGGAGCAGGCUGAGUUUCUCCCCAAGAUUGAAGAGACCAAGUGGGAGGUGUGCCAGAAGGCAGGUGAGAUCUCCCUGCUCAAGCAGCAGCUGAAGGACUCCCAAGCCGACGUCUCCCAGAAGCUCAACGAGAUCGUGGGCCUGCGGUCGCAGCUCAAGGAAGGCAAGAACUUCCUGCGGGAGAAAGAGGAGCAGAUCCUCACCCUGAAGGACUCCUACAGCUCCAAGAGCGUCAACCUGGAGAUCUGCGAGGGCGAGCUGCAGAGGAAGAUGAGCGAGGUCCAGGUGCUGAGGGAAAAACUGAACCACUGUGAGCUGGAGGUCUCCGGCCUGAAGCGGACACUUGCCAGCAUAGGGCCCACGGGGUCUUUUGGCGGGGACCUCGGGGACAAGCUGCGGGGGGACCCGCUGGCCUGCGAGAGCGACGAGGCCAAGAUGCAGCGGCAGAGCGAGGACAGCGUGAACAGCCUGAGGAGGGAGGUGGAGAGGCUGCAGACAGAGCUGAAGCUGGAGCGGCAGCAGCGGGAGCAGCAGGUGAUGGACUUCGAGGAGGAGCGGCGCACGUGGCAGGAGGAGAAGGAGAAGGUCAUCAAGUACCAGAAGCAGCUGCAGCUCAACUACGUGGAGAUGUACCAGAAGAACCAGCUCCUGGAGCACAAGGUCAACGAGAUGAACACCAAGGCCACCAGCCCCCCGCACACCGAGGAGAAGAAGACAUGGACUCCCUCCAGGCUCGAGAGGAUAGAGUCCACCGAGAUCUGAGGGGAGCCGAGGUGACACGACAGAAUUUUUUAUUGCUGUGCAUGUACUACCUACUCAAGCCAGAGAUCUUCCGAAGGAUAAUGCGCUCCCGUGGGAGCAGUGUGAGCAUGCUCCCACCAGGCUCCAUCACCCUCACUCUCCUCUUCUGUGCUCUGUAGGUACAAUAACUGUGGAUGUGCAUUGGUUUUCUAUCGACAAUGCCACAUCUUAGCUGGGGUUUUUUCCUAGUACAGCUGGUGAGGGUCAAUUGGCUCUUUUGUAAUCUGCCCUGACUGUUACUUCACUAGAGGCUGCCACCCCCUCUCCUACAAUUCACCCUUCUUUGGUUGGUUGUUUUGGAGGGUUGUAUUCAGUUUCUUUGGUUUUCCAAGCAUUUACGUGCAGCAAAACAGUUCAAAGUGGCAGGUUUGUUGGUUUUUGGGUUUUGUUUUUUUUUUUUUUUUUUCCAGGACGUUUUUAGCCACAUUGGCUAAUGGAGCAAAGCUCUUGGGAUCAUGAGCAAACUCAAGCGUUCUGCAUCAAGUAUCCUGUCUAGACGGUGGUCUUAGUGAAGUCAGUGCGAGCUUGGCCACUGAUUUCAGUGAAACCAGACAUAUCUCUACCAGACGACUCCCUCUUGCCCUGGCUGCAAGAGGUUAGGACAUCCUUGAGAAGCAGGAUGAGCCUGUCCUGCUAACAGAAGCCAACAAGGAAUGAUGUCCCAGCAGGAGCCUCUCUGGAGGCUCAGCAGAGCUUAACACAUGCUGCGUUUUCACUUCCUUGUGGUUUCCUCCUGCAGUUCCACUCCUCUCCCAGGCUGUGACCAACCCUGGGAGCAGAAACACCCUCCCACCUCUGCCUUGGCCCCCUUACUCUAUACCCAAGCUGGCUACAGCAAGGGAAAAGCUUGGAAAUCCAAGCUAGUUUCCCUUCCCAACAGCCCCCUUAUUUCCCAAAGUCAAUGGAAUCGAGGUUUGGGGAAGCCUCCAAACCCAUGGGAUGUUUAUGCAAACUGAAGCUUUAGCAAUCUGCCCCAGAAGCGGGCAAUCGUGCCACCCUGUCCCCAAACGAGUGACACCUUGGUGCACUCUCUUGGGCCAGGGUCUGCUUAAAAACAGCACUCGAGCCUCACUCAGGAGUUGCAGGGGGGGCACAGCAGCAUCACAGCUGGAUUGCAGCAGUCAGCCUUCAGUUCUGCCAUUCCAAACAGCACCCACAGCCAUCCCACACCCCAGGGAUGGAGAGAACAACUCGCAGGCCUGGCUCAAGAAAAUACUCAGCUACUAACUCUGAGCAUGAAAGAAGUCAUAAGAGGGGGAAAAUGCUUAAGAUCACGCAAGUGCUUAUGCCCUGGCAGAAUAAUACACCAAAUCCUAUGUGCACAGUCACUAAGGCAGCAAAACCUGGCAUUCUGCUUGAAAAGGUGGGCAAGGUGAGCUCAGUUCUUCUGUCAUGGACAAUUUUUUACCACAAGUCACCAUAAAGAGAAGGAAAAUGUUGCAAAGUGGAGUUUGCACUGGCCAAAGGAUCAAUAGGAGUGGGGAUUUUGGCUCUUUGCCCUGGGGAGCAGCUAGAAGAGAAAAGUUAGGAUUAGCACUGGGAUGUCUGGAAAUGUUUCUGAGGUGACACCAGGGUGAAUUUGGCCAGAUUAAAUUUCAUGUGCACACUAAGGAAGAACCUGGAGGCAUUGAGGGGCUGAAGACCUUCCAAACAAAAGCCCUGAAGCUGCACAUUUUCCAUGUUCUGUCUACCCAAAACUCUCCAGUUCACAACCAGGUGUGACCUUCGGUUUGAGAACAAACAUUGCUGUGAUGAGCUCCAGCCUGAGCAGACUGGAGAAUGCAGUUAGUCCCACCAGCCCAAGUCAUGGGACACUGCCACUGGCCAGGAGCUGGUGGUGGCUGCCAGAGACCCCUGGAGCCAUUGAAAAUUGAAAAGUGCCAAGACUCAGGGCAUUUCAAGACCCCAGUUGACAGCUCCUCUUUUCUCACCACUUCUGCCCAUGUCUUUGGAGCUGGAGGAAGACAACUCAUAGAAAACACCAGGGCAGCUCAGGCUAAGCCCCUUUCCCUGGACCAGCCAUAAAAGGGAGGUGAGGUCAGGUUUGACCACUGAUGGCUGUGGGGAAGAGUCCUCCUGCAAAUCCUGAAGAUCUCCAGCACUCUUGGACAUCAGCCCAGCAAGGAAGGAGCGCAGCUGCCUGCCAGUGCCACACAGCUGCAGACUUGGCCAUGGCAGGGCAAAAUCCACAGGCACCUGGCCAGGCACAUCCUAGAGCUUCCUCCGUGUCAUACUCCAGGCCUUGCAGGCACAAUCCAACAUCCCACAGUGGCAGGGCUGGAGAUGUGGUGUCUCACCUCCCAAAGCAGGUGUUUGGUGUCUGCUCUUGUGAAGAUUGUUCACCUUGGAGGAGGAAAGGCCUCCUCCCUCCACCUUCCUCACUGCAUCACAUCGAUCCAGAGCUUCAAUCCAGAUCUGAGACCUCGACUGUGGACAUUCCCUGCAUGGCAGAGCCUUCCAGGCACCCACUAAGACACUCUGCUGCUGGUUUUUCCUCUCUUGGGAUUCUCCCAGGAUCCCCCCAAACAGCACCCCCAGCUGUCCUGCAGAAACCACCCCACCCCUGCUAUGGUGACAGAAAACACAGAUGGUUUUGGGAGCCAAACGGCCACAAAGGAUUCCUGUGCUCCAGGAUUCCUCCCCACAACUGGAUGUGCUGCUCCCCAUCAAGUCCUCUCCCCUGUGCCAGCCCUUUGCUCAGCAGAGAUGGAGCAAAACGAUGGUGAGACACCUGGAUUCCUCUUGUUUGUGCCCAGGUGGAGCUCACCUGGCUCCUUCCACAUCUUUCACACUUUCACAAGUUGAUUAAAUCUCCCAUCUAAAGCUUUGUUGAGGCUCUGGGGUCUUAGCCCUGGGUUAGGACAGCCAAGGGGUGCCAGGCUGGUGUUAGGGUGACAUAUCCUGGGAAUGGCCAAGGAGACUGGCAGUGUGUCUCUUGGAGGCUCAGGCAGGGCUGAUGAAUUGUUUCUGUCCCAUGGAAUUCCACCAGAGUCUGGGUUUGACCAUCCUCCAGCUGUUUCCUGCACCUUGGAGCUGGUGGAAUUCAGUGUGACAUCCUGGCUCUCGUGUCAUUCCCCAAGUGCUGCCCCCAAAAUCCUCUCCAACCUGCCACUGGCCACCACCACAAGCUGUGGCCGUGAGGGUCUCAGCUCAGUUGCCCACACAUGGGGUCCACAAAGGUAUCUGGGAUAUCUGGGAUACCCAACACAUGCAUGAUCCAAGAGUUUUGGGAGAGUGGUGGCAGUCCUGGAGCAGCUCUGGUGUCACAGGCCCCCCAUGUACAGAGCCCAGUCACGCUCCAGGCACAUCCACACGGCCAACAGAGGACAAUGAUCAGCUCCAGAGGCUUCCACCCAUAAGGACGUGGGCUAAGCAGGGUGUCCUGGUGCCAGGGAAGGUCUCACUCUGCAGUGGGCACGGCUGCUUUGCUCCACCACCGUCCCAAGGCUGGCUGCUACCACUGUCUCAGCAACCAGCUGGGCUGAUUCCAGCACUCCCCUCUCACCCCCAGGGUGAUCACCACAACCAGGGCACGUUGUUGUGCCCCACACAGCCCCACUGAGCUCCUGCCACUGUCUGCUGGCAGCUGGUGGCCCCAGUCCUGCUGUCACUGGUGGUGGUCACUCACCUCCAGGUUUCCACGCUCCAGGGAGGAAUGGAAUUGUUGCUCUAACACUGUUGUACAGAGAGAAGUGUAUUUGGAUGUAAAUAAGAGCCCAGCUCUGUGUGUCGAUGAUUAAAAGGAGACAAGAAGGCUCUGUGGCUUCUCUGUUGGCGAGCGGGGCCGAGCGCUGCACACAGGGUGUUCAGCACCCCGACCUGGGCCUGGCUGCACUGGGAAUGGGCUCCAGCACCUCCCAGGAGAGCAAUCCACUUGGGAUUAGCUCAGCCUGGUGUCCCUCUGUCCUGCUUUGAUGCUUGCUGUCACCCUGAGCCAGGUUUGCAGCGACCCCCUGGUUAAGGGUGCCCAUCUGGUGUCACAGCCAGACUCCAGGCAGACAGUGGUUUCCAGAGUGUCCCCCUGAGCUCUGCCCACCAUGGCAAGGACCAUCCUGCUCCCCUCCUGCCCCUUGCAGUGGCACUUUACAGCUCGCUCAAGGCAGUGGGCUCACGAGCAACGUGACCAAAGAUCACUGGAGAGCGCUGGGCUCCAUGCCUGGAGCUGUGUCCCGGCUUUCCUGCAGAGACCUGGGGCUGGUGGGGGCUGGAAAAGGGGAAUGAGAGCUGGCAGGGGACAUGAUUUCCCUGUCUCCCACCUGGGAAUGUCUGCAGGUCCAUAAGGGCCUUUUCUGUGAGAGAUAGGACAGGAUAGAAGGGAGUUCCUGGGUGAGGUGAUUGUCCCCAGUUGGUGACACCAGUAUCCUCCACAGCCAUCCCAGUUAGCUCCACACCUUUCUCGUGGAGAAUAUGGACCAGGGGCUGUCCCUAGGAGUUGGGAUGGAUGCCAUUCCCUUUCUUCUUGAGGAGAAGAGAGGAGGCACACCAAUUCAUGCAUCUUCUUGUCUUCAGGCAACUUCAUGCCUCUCAUCCUCAGAGCAAUAGGUCAGCAGCAGACACCACUACAGGGUCCAGCCAGAUGUUCUGGCUCAGUGGGAAUGUCCAGGAAAAUGAGCAUCCUGAGAGCUGGUGGUCCUGCUGGCUGUCCCCUUGGUGUCCUCUCCACAGCUCACCCCAGGGCAUCCUCAGCACCCUCCUUACCAAGGAACCAAACUCCCAGGUGAAGGCAGCGUGUUCUUCACUUCUCCUGCUUGGGGUGUUGAAGGCAUCUCCACCCACCUUUGCUCCAGGAAGGCUCCUGGACCUGGGAGAUCUGUGCUCCUGCAGGUGGGUGUUCAGGUGGGUCUGGCCUUGGGCAGAUGCCUCUCAACUUUGCCUCUGCUCCCCAGCCAUUCUCAGCCUUCUCCACUCCAUCCCUGGGAUGGAAGAGAGCCCAAUUAAUUUAACCCAAACCUUCAGUUUAAGCCUUGAAACCCCUUUAUAUUUACUGUUCACCAAGAUCCCUUGCUAAAGAUCUGUCCAUGUGUUGCCUGCUGCUCCUCUGCCCCAGCUCUCCAGGCUCUCCUGCCUCUUUUCAGAUCAUCUCCAUCCCACUGGAGCAGUCAGGGCCUCUCCCAGUGCUCUCCCAGGUACACCUGGACAAGCUGGAGCUACAGCCCCCACUGGGAAUGGGUGAUCCCAACCCUGCUCUCAGGAGCUUUCCAGAACACUGAUCCUCUCCUCUCUGACAUCCCCAGGGAUUUUGGGGAUGGAUCCAUCAGCCCUGCUUUGCCUCCAAGGACAAUCUGGCUUCCUGCUGAAAGGCAUUCCCACGGCCUGCGAUCCUGUGGGAUCAUUGCACGGGGAUUCACAACUUCACCACCAGCCCUGGAGCUCCCUGGUCCUUCCACCCUCUGGAAAAAACAGGGGUCUGAGGGGUCUCUGAGGUCCUUAGGGGCACACAGGACCCUGCAGUGUACCAAGGGGGUGGGAUCUCAUCCAGCUGUUUGCAGAUGUUGGCUUCCCAAGAGGAUGUUCUUGUAUUUUCAGGGUAAUCCUCCUCCCUGGCUCUCCCAGUGAUGGGAAUUGUGUCAGCUCUGGGGCCUGGACCAGGCUGUGUCCCCACAGCUCUUUCACAAAUCUGUUUUUUCCAGCAGAAAGUCUCUGCUUUCUGUCCCAAAGCAAUAGGAUUUUCCAGGGAGAUUUCAAAGGGACUCUUCCCAACUCUGACACCUGCAGACAAGCCAACAUUCCUUCAGAGCUCCAGCCCUGGCCUCAGCUCCUCUGGAAAGGGAUGCAGGCUCCAGUCUGGCUCUGAACAAACACUUGGUGGCUCGGGUUGCCCAAAGCUUCCCACGUCCAGCAGGUGUGACCCAUCCUGUCACUGGGCAGGAAGUCUUCUCCACGUGGGAGCCACUGGGGUGUCUGAGCUCACGGAGCCACCUUCAGUGACAACCAGUGGGACACUGUGGCCAUUCCUGAGAGCCUGGGAGGACAAGAUCGCUUCACCCCAUGGCUGAAAGGAGCAGAACAGGGGCUGGCAGGAGCAUCCCAGCACCACCCAAUGCUGCACCCCCGGCUGAUGUGUCUAUGCAGUCCCUUCCCAGGCAGAGCCCAGCCCAGGGCUCCUCCAAGGUGUCUUCGUUUGCACUCUCCAGGACCUGGAAAUCGCUGUGAGCCCAGAGGAGCCGCUCCGGGCACCACCCCAGGGAGGUUUUCCCUCGCCCCAAACCCCAUUUUAGACGUGGCUGAGUGCAGUUCCCCAGCAGAUGCAGAGCUGUGCCCCCAAAGCUGCCCCGGGGGUGUCCGACCUCACCAGCAAUAACAGGAGCUCUGCUGGCCGUGUCCCACCGCAGCAGCUCCCGCGGGACACAUCCCGCACCACCCGAGUGUCACUCCAGCCCCAGCCUUGUGCUUCUCUUCCCUCUCGUUUCUGACGCCUCGGUGGCUCCCUCUGUCUCUUUUUCCCUCUCUUUUUCUCUCUCUCUGACUGUGAAUUCAAACCAGAAGUGUUCUGAACUCGACUCUGUUACUGUUCUGUCUCUGCGUCGACUGUUGCUGGUUCUCCGAACUGCGUUUCAACGAGACUUUGCAAAAAAAAAAAAAAAAAAAUCUAAAACAUCUAAAAAAAAACCUAAAAAAAAAAAAAAUUCUCAAAAAAAAAAAACUCAAAAAAAUCUUUAAAAAAUCUAAAGAAAAAAAUCUGAAAAGGUAAAAAAAAAAAAAUCUUAAAAAAAUUUCUUUAAAAACCCUGAAAAAAUCUUUUAAAAAUCUAAAAAAAAAAAAAAAAAAACCUGAAAAAAAAUCUUCAAAAAGUUCAUAAAAAAUUUUUUUAAAAGUCUGAAAAAAUCUAAAAAAAGUAUUUAAAAGUAAAAAAAAAUCUAAAAAAGUAUAUUAAAAAUUCUAAAAAAAAAAAAUAAAAUUUAUAUAUAUAUAAAUAUAUAUAUAUAUAUGUACUUGGAAAAAAUAAUAAAAAUAUUUUAAAAAAAGAACUCCAUAAAGUCGGGUGUCUCUCCUGUCCACUUGGUCACUUCCAAACACUGUUGUCUUGACUUUGCCUCUGGUUAAGUGUGUUUAAAGACAAAAGGUUGAACAAAAAAAAAAAAAAGAGAAAAAAAAUUAAAAAAUAAAAGAGGUAACACUCACCAUUCUGGGAUUUUUGUACAGCAAAGGUGUAUCUGUUUCAGAGGUUCUUGUUAAAACUCCACCACAAUUCCCAACUCCCUGCUGGCCUGUUGUCUGUUCCCAUUGGGUUAUCCAGAUGUGAAGAGCUCCUGCCUUUGCCAUUUUCUACAGUGAAUAAAUAUAUAAAUAUAUCUGUACAGAGGUAUGUAUAUAUAUAAAUAGACAUGCAGAUCUAUAUGUAUACGUAUCUCCAGCUCUCCUCUCUCCAGCUGACUGUGAAGGAUUUUUAUUGGGCAAAAUAAAAUGGAGAAAGGCCCCGUUUUAAAAACA